GGCAGCGAGCAGAGCUCACAGCGGCCACAGGGGCUCUCCGGGCACUCCGCUGCUGCCGGGGACCAUGGCCAAGCGGGUGGCCGUGCUGCUGGCGGGCUGCGGCGUGUUCGACGGCAGCGAGAUCCACGAGGCGUCCGCGGUGCUGGUGCAUCUCAGCCGGGAGGGGGCUCAGGCUGAGGUUUAUGCUCCCAACACCCCCCAGAUGCACGUGGUGGACCACGUGAAGGGGCAGCCCACGGCGGAGCAGCGCAAUGUCCUGGUGGAAAGCGCCAGGAUAGCCAGAGGCAACAUCAAGGACCUGGCCACGCUGGAUGUCAAGGGGCUGGACGCCCUCAUCAUCCCAGGUGGCUUCGGGGUGGCAAAAAACCUGAGCACUUGGGCCACGCAGGGCAAGAACUGCAGCGUCUCCAAAGAGGUGGAGGCUGUGCUGAGGGCAUUCCAUGCUGCCCACAAACCCAUCGGGCUGUGCUGCAUCUCCCCCGUGCUGGCAGCCAAAAUCUUCCCGGGCUGUGAGGUCACCGUGGGCCACGACACGGAGUGUGAGCAGUGGCCUUAUGCCAAGACUGCCGAGGCCAUGAAGGAGCUGGGCUGCAGACACGUCAACAGCCAGGUCACCGAGGCCCACGUGGACGCCAGGAACCUCCUGGUGAGCACCAGCGCCUUCAUGUGCAACGCCCCCAUCCACCAGGUGCACGACGGCAUCGGCAGCAUGGUGAGGGAGGUGCUGCGGCUGGCCUGAGCUGCCGCAGGCACCCAGCCCCGCCCCGCGGAGCCUGUCCCUCCCUGUCACAGCAACAGCUAAAGGGACACUCUGGCUCUGCCCCAGAGCUCUGGUGGCUGCUGAGGAGGGACAAUCCUGGAGGUGGCGUGCUCUGCCAAGGACACGUCGCUCCCUGGCAGGAGCUGGGAUGGAGCUGCCGUGGGAUCGUGGCAUGGGAGGGACCUCAAAGCUCAUCCUGUGCCAGGCUCCUCCCAUGGGCAGGGACCCCUUCCACUGGCCCAGGCUGCUCCAUCUGGCCUUGGACACUUCCAGGGAUCCAGGGGCAGCCACAGCUUCUCUGGGCCCAGGGAGGAAUUCCAUCCCAAAAUCCCACCUCUCCCUGCCACAGGCUCCCCCAGGGCUCAGGGUCAGCUGCUCCCCAACCCCUCCCUCAGGCAGUGAAUUGUGGCCAAAGGAAGGAACCAGCUCUGCUACCAAAUAAAACCUGAUGCUUCUACUGAA